GAGCUGUACGUACACUGCGUUACAUUGGGAAACCUGAGAAAUUUCCAUUUCAGAGGGGGUGGGAACAUUGAAAAGAGAACAUAGGUUCCCCCUGAGCCGGCAGGGAAGAGACCACAGGCGACACCAGACACACACACCGACUCACACACCUGCCUGUCAACACCGUCACCUGUACACCACUGCCGCCAUGCUGCACUCAGGGUGGAUGUUCGCUGUCAUCUUCAUCCAAAAUGUCGCUGGACUUCCUCUACUACCUGCUCUGACUGUCAAAGCAGACGGCUGCUUCCUGGCUACUGAAGGUGAGGUGGAUGUUUUUGUGUUGGAGGGUGAGGCUAUAAUCCUCUCCUGCCCAAUAUUUGACAGAGUGCUCGAAGUACGUAACAUCGCCCCCCCAAACGCAAACUACAUCAUCACCAAGGACAAUGGGACGGAGGGCGUGUCCUUUCAGGGCGAGGGCCGUGUUCAGCAGAGGGACAAACAGCUGAGGUUUCUCCCAGCACAGGCCUCCGACUCAGGGUUAUACAUCUGCACCUACAGAAAUGAAACGUACUGUGUGACUGGGAAUAUAACGCUAAAGGUGUACGAGUCCAGGUCUGUUGUCAUGGAGAAAGUCACCAACAGAGUAGAAGUCCUCGUGGGAGAGAAUCUGAGAUACGCAUGUCCGUCUCUGGACGACUUCAACGACACGGAGACACUGAUCGGGUGGCACAAGGACUCGAGGAAAGGCGGACCCUUCAGCCAGCUCAGAGGGAGACUGAUCAUCCCUGCUGUGAGGCGUUCACACGCAGGUCUGUACACCUGCCGGCUCACUGUGACCAUCGAUGAGCAGCCGUACAGAGUGAGCAGGAGCAUCGCGCUCAUCGUGAGAGGUGUAGAUCCUGAAACACCCAGCACCCCCUCCCCCACUUUGCUCCACCUCUCCUCCACCUCUCACCCAGAGAUACUCAGCAGCAGCACUGUUCACACUCCAGUGAUUCGACCGCCUGUGAUCGUCUCGCCAAAGAAUGGAACUGUUUUUGAAAGUCUGCACGGUUCAGGACUGGAGCUGUUCUGUAAAGUGCUCACUGACUGUCGAACAGCAGAGUCCACUGUGGUCACAUGGCUCGUCAACGGCCAAUCAGUGGAGUCCUCGUACCUUGAUGGACGGGCUCUGCAGGGCGGAAGGAGGGUAACCAGGGAGUCUGAAGUGUGCCAGGUGGAGUUGAGGCUUCUUGUCGUAGCGAUGACGGACGAAGACGUGAACACGGAGCUGAAAUGUGUCGCUCAGAACGAAGGAGGGAGACAGGAAGUGGUCGCACUGCUUCAACUAGAGGACUCCUCGUUCACCUGGCUGGUCGUCGCCGUGGUCGCCGCGUCCUGCUUCCUGACCGUGGUUUCCAUCUUCCUUUACGUCCUCUUCAAACCUAAAAGGACAAAGAAGAUGGAUUACUUCCUGGCUCGGCAGAGCAGCACCUUUUAGCACGCGCUACCUCCACAAACACAAAAAGACCCUCUUUGAUGAGUUCACUGUUACAUUACAUUUCAUGCAUUGUGUGCAUGUGAUGUCGUGCAGUGACACCUGUUGGUGAUCUACACUCCUUCUGCAGGGACAUUAUAUUUUAAACCAGUGGCUGCACUUCAUUGUAUACAUAACAACAACAGUGAUGCUACACAAAAUCACAGCAGAACUUCUAAUAUAGGGUUAAAGAGGCCUUAUUAUGCAUUUUACGCCUCAGACUCAUUUGUUUGCUACUGAACAUAGUGACACUUUGCAACACUCGGGAUUCUAUUAGCUAGCGCUCCAACACAUUGCACGUGAUAGGCUAAGGGGCGGGACAUCUCUAAGCGGUUGACCAAUCACAACAAAGCCGGCCAGCUAACCAAUCAGAGCAGAGUGGGCUCUGGUUUCAGACAGAGGGUGAAAAGAGGUGCUGCAGCACAGGCAGUAUGAGAAAAAUAAAGAGCUUUUUGAACCUUAAAGCAUGGAGACAUGUCCCAGGAGAGACAGAAAAUACAAAUAUGAACCUGAACAUUUGCGUAAUAUGACCUCUUUAAUACUUGGUAGAAGCUUCUAUCUGCUGUAUUCAACACAACCAAUUCAAUGUGAAUUUAAACAGUUUUUUUGUCAUUCAGACACUCCUUAAAAAUACAGAGACUGUUGCAACUAUUUAAACAUGAUUGUGUGUAUAUUUUUGAAAUAAGUAUUCUCAGGGGAGCAUUAGAAUAAACAUUUGUAAAUGUCUAGUAAAUACCAAAUCGAACUAUGCUGUAAAAAAAAGUACUCUGUGUUAUAAUAUAUAAUGUUAUAACUAUUUUUGAAUAAAUAAUGCAUUAUUUAGUCUUUAAGGGGUUGAUGUCUCAUUGUUCUGUUUGUUGUGAGCCAGUAUUUGUUGGAAUUGGAAAUGUAUAAUGAAUAUUAAAAUGGAAAUAUGAAAAAGGUGCUACGAUUUUAAACUAUUAAAGUAUAAAAGCUACUUAAAUAAUG